GCCGAGUUCACCAAGGUGGCGGCGCGGACGGCGAUCGGGUUCGUCGUCAUGGGGUUCGUGGGCUUCUUCGUCAAGCUCAUCUUCAUCCCCAUCAACAACAUCAUCGUCGGCUCUGGCUAG